ACUCUUCUGAAACUAUGUCCAUCUAAACAACUCUAUUUUAGUACUAUUUGUUCCAAUCACCAUGUUCCCACAAAAGUCUCCACCACCACCAGCCACACCACCAGGAUACGGCCAACCCCCGCUGCAGCGAUAUGCCUCCGAUAUUUCAUCACCGAGGAUAACCUCUUGGUCGAGUGGACUAUGCGACUGUUGCCGUGACAUCCCCACUUGCUGCUUAACAUUUUGGUGCCCUUGCAUUAUUUUCGGACAAAUUGCCGAGAUUGUAGACAAGGGAAAUACUUCUUGUGGUACACAUGGAGCCAUAUAUACAAUCAUCAAUCUCUUAACCGGUUGUGGUUGCCUUUAUUCAUGUGGUAAUCGGACCAAAAUGAGGCGACAAUACGGUUUGCCUGAAGAACCUACCAAUGACUGCUGCGUCCAUUUCUGUUGCGAGUCAUGCGCCUUGUGUCAAGAGUAUCGUGAGCUCCAACACCGCGGAUUUGACAUGUCAAUUGGAUGGCAAGGAAAUAUGGAUAGGAUGGUGCCUAACAAUGGAGUGCAAAUUCCACCCAUGGCUCAUGGGGGAAUGAAUCGUUAACAAUUAUGUUUUAUUUUCAACAAUGAAUGUAAAUUUCAAUAUGAUUACAUUAUGGUUUGUUUUGUUUUAUUAUUAUGAUUUCAUAUUUGCA